CCCACUGCCCUCUUGCCGCCCACCAUGGCCCUGCUGCACUCUGCCCGCAUCCUCUCCGGGGUCGCCUCCGCCUUCCACCCAGGCCUCGCCGCCGCAGCCUCUGCCAGAACCAGCUCCUGGUGGGCCCAUGUGGAGAUGGGACCCCAAGAUCCUAUCCUGGGAGUUACAGAAGCCUACAAGAGAGACACAAACAGCAAAAAGAUGAAUCUGGGAGUUGGCGCCUACCGGGAUGAUAAUGGGAAGCCUUACGUACUCCCUAGCGUCUGGAAGGCAGAGGCUCAGAUCGCUGCAAAAGGUCUCGACAAGGAAUACCUGCCCAUCGCGGGACUGGCUGAGUUCUGUAGGGCGUCGGCAGAACUAGCCCUGCGCGAGAACAGCGAAGUGGUGAAAAGCGGCCGGUUUGUCACCGUGCAGACCAUCUCUGGAACGGGGGCCCUAAGGAUCGGAGCCAGUUUUCUGCAAAGGUUUUUCAAGUUCAGCCGAGAUGUCUUUCUGCCCAAACCAACCUGGGGAAAUCACACACCCAUCUUCAGGGAUGCUGGCAUGCAGCUACAAAGCUAUCGGUACUAUGACCCUAAGACUUGCGGUUUUGACUUCACAGGCGCCCUGGAGGACAUCGCAAAAAUUCCAGAGCAAAGUGUUCUUCUGUUGCAUGCCUGUGCCCACAAUCCCACAGGAGUGGAUCCUCGGCCUGAGCAGUGGAAGGAAAUAGCAACAGUGGUGAAGAAAAGGAAUCUGUUCGCCUUCUUUGACAUGGCCUACCAAGGCUUUGCCAGUGGUGACGGUGACAAGGACGCCUGGGCUGUGCGCCACUUCAUUGAACAGGGCAUUAAUGUGUGUCUCUGCCAGUCAUAUGCCAAGAACAUGGGCUUAUAUGGUGAAUGUGUUGGAGCCUUCACUGUGAUCUGCAAAGAUGCAGAUGAAGCCAAAAGGGUGGAGUCGCAGUUGAAGAUCUUGAUCCGUCCGAUGUAUUCCAACCCUCCUAUCAAUGGGGCCCGGAUUGCCUCCACGAUUCUGACUUCCCCAGAUUUGAGAAAGCAAUGGUUACAGGAAGUGAAAGGCAUGGCAGACCGCAUCAUUGGCAUGCGGACCCAGCUGGUCUCCAACCUCAAGAAGGAAGGCUCCACCCACAACUGGCAGCACAUCACCGAUCAGAUUGGCAUGUUUUGUUUCACAGGACUAAAGCCUGAACAGGUGGAGCGGCUGACCAAGGAGUUCUCCAUCUACAUGACAAAGGACGGUCGCAUCUCUGUGGCUGGCGUCACUUCUGGCAAUGUGGGCUACCUGGCCCAUGCUAUUCACCAGGUCACCAAGUAAUUUCUCUAGUGCCAGGAAACAGAGACAACCUUUCCGUCUUCAGGCUCUGCUGAAGAAGGGAGGGUGGAUGGUGGUACAUGGAUCAUUCCAACCACAGAGCAUAGCACUCACCGAUUAAUUGUGUUUCUCAGAAAAGAACAUGUAGUGAAAUAGGGCAGAGUCAUCCGUGGCUGCUGUCUGGAACUUUGUGGCUCUAAACCAAACUUUUCCCUCCAUCUUUUUACCUCCAGCAUUUCCAAAAGAGUUUACUUGCGGGGGAAAGUCAUCACACCAAAAAGACCUGUCCGUCAUGCCAUUGCAGCGUUUCAGAAGCUUUAACUGAAGCAUCUGACAGUGCUAGGGGCUCCUCUGCAGAUCCAGCAUCAGAAUGGCACAUGUUAGAGACU